AUGCAAUUUCUUACUGCCAGCACCAUUUUAUAUGUCCGCGUGAUUCUUUUACUUUGCUUGGCCUUCAUGUUGGUGAAGAAUCCGGCUGCUAUUGUCAAAGCCAAUUUCACUUUGAUUUUGGGCCAAGCUAUGCAUCUACCAACUGUUCACGCUUCGGAUACCAACCCGCUUUUCGGAAUCUUGUCCAUUUUCAUUGCAUCAAGUGCCAUAAGCGACUUGAUUCCAUGUCUUGCAGAAAACAUCGCUUACUUCGAGACUCUAGUUCCUACUAGACUUACAUUCUUUUUCCUUUUGGGUUCAUUUUGCUUGAUUUCGGAGUUCGGCAUCAUUGCCAACAACUUGGUUUUCACCUAUUCGUUUAUUGAAAUCUGGCUCAACUUUUUGAUUUAUAACAAUCUUCGAGAUGAGAAAUAUUACAGAGCCAAGAAAUUUCUCGAAGAACACGGAGAUGAGUUGAGAGAAGAAGAAGGCGAACGUGUCGUACCGGUCGAGUAA